AUGGUCCAGGCGAACCUUCAUGGAGAUACCUUGUUGCCCGGCAGCAAGUACUUCUACGUUGAAGACCCCGUCCUCCUCCUAAGCCUUGCGCUAAGUUUCGACACUCUCGGCAGCCAAGCGGGAACCGACGCCUUGCACACCCUCCUCAAGGCACUCGGUCCGAAGGGCGUGCGCGAAGCGCUCAAUUCUCUCGAAAACUCGUCCCUCUGCAAGCCUACCCGCGAUCAGCUCCUCCUCAUUAUCAAGCACCUUUGA